CCUAUGUGCAGUUAAAAUAAGAGGAUUUAUUUCGCAUCAAUAUAAGUAACUCUGAUCUGGGUUGAUUAGCUUUGUCUGUUCAGGCUAAAACAUCAGGAAAGAAGCAUUUUGGAUGAACAUGUUAGCAAGUAAAGUAAACUAGCCUGUUUUCUUUACUUCGUAUCUUCGUGGAUUAACCACCUUUGUGUCCGUCUGGAGUCAUGCUGCCGCUGAAGGAGAAGGACAAACCCAUCGUCCAGAAGCUGCUGUCAGCCGGCUGCUGCGCUCGCUGCGUCCUCCGGUUCUGCUGCGUGAGCGUCCAGGCUGCCUACAGAAAACCUGCACAGGAUACACUCAAGGAACUUAAAGCUUUCAUCAGCAAUACAGAGAACCCCAAAACACAGGAUUCAGCAUCAGCAGAGUCCACAGAUGAAAACAACAAAUCCCACGAUGCAGCAGUGUCAGAGCCACCUGAAGACCCUCCGAGUAAAAGAGCAAAACUGGAGCCCGGUCCGUCAGAGGAAGACGCUGCUGCUGCGGUCAAGCUGAAGGAUGAAGAGUCUCGUGUGUGUGUGGUGUGUUUGGGGAUCCUGCAGGAGCUCUGUGGUCCCGCUCAGGCCGCGAAGAUAGCCGAGACAGUGAAGGCCGAAAAGUACGAGUUCGACACCCUGGUGCUGUCCGUGUCUCUGCCCGCUCAGCUGUGUGUCCGAGAGCACUCCUGUUGGCUUCACGUGAAGAAGGAACUGAGAGAGAAGAGCAUCGCAGUCGACAGGGACGACCUGAUCCAGGUGAAGGAGGCCUUCAAGUGGAUCAUGCAGGGCCUGGUCGCCAAGGAGCUGGGGGGCGUUGCCGUGGUUACCAGGAGUUUGUUUGAGGUCAGCGUGGAGUUCACUCACCCAGAGAGCGACGCCGACUGCCACUUCCUUGCAACAACAUGUUCCGACUGCUUCAAACCCACAAAGAACAAACAGUCGGUGUUCACCAGGAUGGCGGUCGUCAAAGCUCUGGAGAAGAUCGCUGACGCAAAGUUUUUAAAACAUUAUCCUUCUCCUCCAGCGCAGCCGACCAGCAGCUGCAUCCCGCAGGACGUCCAGUGUCUCCACAUGUCCGUCUUCGUGGCAGGGAGGUACAACAAGUUCUGCCGCAGUCUGCCUCAGACUCCCUGGGUGAUCGAUGGAGAGAGGAGGAUGGAGUCGUCGGUGGAGGAGCUGAUCGCGGCGCCCAUCCUGUCGUCCUUCAGGUCCGACGGUUUUAAUUUCUCCUCGUCUGGCAGAGAGGACGUGGACGUCCGGACUCUUGGAAACGGUCGUCCGUUUGCGAUGGAGCUGCUGAAUCCUCACAGAUCCAGACUGAGCAGAGCGGAGAUGAAGCAGCUGCAGGAGACCAUCAAUAAAUCUUCAGAGAAAAUCCGGGUGAGAGACCUUCAGAUUGUUACCAGAGAGGCCAUGAGCCGGAUGAAGGAGGGCGAGGAGGAGAAAACCAAGUCGUACACGGCGCUGAUCUGGACCCUGAAACCCAUUCAGAGGGAAGACAUCACGUUCAUCGACGACAUCAAGGAUCUGACUCUGGACCAGAAGACUCCUCUGAGGGUUCUCCACCGGCGGGCGCUGGCUGUCCGUCAGAGAGUCAUCCACAGCAUGAACACGCGCUUCCUGGACUCACAUCACUUCUACCUCGGGCUGAAGACGCAGGCCGGGACUUACAUCAAAGAGUUCGUCCACGGAGACUUCGGUCGCACCAAACCCAACCUGUGUGAGCUGCUGAGGACCGACACCGACAUCCUGGAGCUGGACGUGGAGUCCGUGGACGUGGACUGGCCUCCGUCCAUACCAGAGUGAAGGCCGCCCCCCCUCAGCCCCGCUGCCCUCGUCCUGUUUCUGAGAGGCACCGAGACCGAGCUGGUUCCGUCUGAGAGGAGCUCUGCGCUGUCGACCGGGUUCAGAGUGUCUGAGGCUGCAGACGUGACGGUGCACAGCUGGUUGGAGAAGAAACAUGAACCCGAGUCUCACAGUCCUGCUGGUGCUGGGAAGCCCGGUCUGUGUGUGUUUUGGUUCUGGAUUUGCCUUUUUGACUGUUUCUUCAGUUUAACCACCAGGAAACAUGUUGUAGUGUGACUUUGUGUUACAAAACUCAAAUCUGCAGCCAGAUGAAGUUUGUUUAGUUUUUUUUUUUUUUUUUUUUUAUCAAAUGGAUGAAAAUCUCUUUUUUUAUAGUUUGCAGCAGUUUGUCCAGCAGGAGGCAGCAGAGAGACGUUAAUGUUACCUCAAAGUAAUCGUAACUAACAGUGACUGCUUUUAGUUAAACAUAUAAUACAGAACAUUAAAACGUCUUUAAAAGAUC